AUGAACUGGGAGACAGGGAGAUGGAUGAUCUUGUGACCUUGUGUGAGUCUGAGAUGUUUCAGAUCAGGCCCUGAGGGCAGCUGGGUCCCUGAAACUGGCUGAGUUAAUCUUAGGGAGCACAUGCCUGUGAUGUCAUUUCAGGAAUGCAAUGAAGGCUCCGCUGUGCUGCCGAAGGCCCUGUGAGGCGUCACAACACCGGCCGCCAUGAUUGGAGGCCGCGAGGAUGGGCAGGGAGGGGCCCUGAGACCAGGGCGGCAGGAAGCAAAGGGCAGAGGAUGCUUGGGCUGGCCCCGAGGAGGAGCUGCUCUCUCUUCCCAGAUUCUCCACUGGCCCCAGCAGCUCCACCUCCACAUCUCUGGACUCCGCCCUUGUCCUGCUGCCAUGACGGACACGCCGGUGGAGGAAUCCCUCUUCCAGAUCAUCCGCAGCUACCAUCAGUACGCGGCCCGGGAGGGGGACGUGGAGACCCUGUCCCUGGAGGAGCUGAGGGCCCUGCUCAUGGACAACGUGCCCCGCUUCAUGGAGAGCCUGGUGCGGGGCCGGGGGCAGGGCCGGAGGAAGCCGUACUUCGUCUCCGAGCUGUUCCGGGCGGCGGACAAGGACAAGGACAACCAGAUCUGCUUUGACGAGUUCCUGUACGUGCUGGGCUGGCUGCUGAGGGACUACCACCUGCAGUACCACCGGCAGCUGUGCGCCCGCUACUGCGCCCAGCACGGCCUCUACUAGGGGAGCCCGAGUGGAGCUCUGCCACGCGUGCCUGUGUGCCCAGUGUGUGUGCUCAUGUGUGUGCAUGGGUGUGCGAGGGCACCCGGGAGGGAAGAGAAUAAAGCAACUUCACAGCA